AAAGUUGGGAGGAAAAGUCGCCGGCUGAGAAAGUUUAGAAGCGGGAGAGUACUCCCCGCCGGGCCCCCGCAUCGCUGACACCCCCCUCCCCCUCCCCGCCCCGGGAGGGCUGAGGAUGGCCGGCGGGGAGGGAGCGGGCUCCGGCGUGGCGGAGUGCCGGGAGCAUCUCUUCAAGGUGCUGGUGAUCGGGGAGCUGGGCGUGGGUAAAACCAGCAUUAUCAAGCGGUACGUGCACCAGCUCUUCUCCCAGCACUACCGGGCCACCAUCGGGGUGGAUUUCGCCCUCAAAGUCAUCAACUGGGACAGCAAGACCCUGGUGCGGCUGCAGCUGUGGGAUAUAGCAGGCCAAGAGCGCUUCGGUAAUAUGACCAGAGUAUAUUACAAAGAGGCAGUUGGUGCUUUCGUGGUCUUUGAUGUCACAAGAGGCUCCACUUUUGAGGCUGUUUCAAAAUGGAAGCAUGAUUUGGACAGUAAAGUACUACUUCCCAAUGGCAGCCCCAUCCCUGCUGUGCUUCUUGCAAACAAGUGUGACCAAAAGAAAGAUGGCAGCCAGAAUCCCUCUCAAAUGGACCAGUUCUGCAGAGAAGGUGGCUUUGUUGGAUGGUUUGAAACAUCUGCCAAGGACAACAUCAACAUAGAUGAAGCUGCUCGAUUCUUGGUGGAAAACAUCCUUGCAAACUACAAAACCUUUCCUAAUGAAGAGAAUGACGUGGGGAAACCAAAACUGGACCUAGACCCAUUGAAAGCAGAGAGUAAAUCGCAGUGCUGCUAAUGCUACCACAGUUCAGUAAAUGUGAUGGGAUGAGCAGCAAGACUGUUCCUUAAAUCAAGCUGCUGCUAUGGUGCUGCAUUGUGACAAUCCAUAUGGGGUGUCUGGUAUUAUCUGAAUAGGUGAUUCUUGUGGGUGUUUACUUAUUCUUGUUUAGCAUGAAACUGAGUACCUUGUGAGUUACCACUCCACUUGCUUGAGUGGCUGCAUUUAAGUCUGAUUAGUGCCUUCUUACUUGAGAACAUAAGGUAGUGUUUACACUCCUAAAAAGGAACAAAGACAACAUGCGGUGUCUAAUUUGCUUCUAGGACAUAUGCUACAUUCCAAAUAGGACUCACUCAUCAUGGUUUUAGCUGAAUAGACACUUGCACCUUU